UUGAAGCCUGUCCCAUUUUGAAGGCUCCUCAAAAUGCGUCUUUAUCACGGAACAGCUCCAGCCGGUUGAUCCUUCACAGGCCAAACUCUCCCAGGAGUCAUUGCGUUUUGUGCAGUUCUAGCUCUGCUCUUCCUGCUCUGAGGCAAAGAACAAUACACAGUGAGGCGGACCACAGAGUUUCACAGAGAGGCAGGAGGAAACUUGCUCUGGUGCAUCUCAUUUCCUUCGUAACUGCAAAGAGUGAGGUGAAAGAUGAAGAUGAAUUUGGCAUGUGCUCUUAUUUUCAUGCAGCUCGUUGAAGCCUCUGCAGAGCUAAUCUUCAGGCGUCUCACAGAGAACCAGUCACUGGAGCUCUCCUGCUCCCUUCAGCGGGACCUCGGCAGCCUGAGGGGCCUCCACCUGUACCACCGAGGGGCCCAGAGCCAGACCACCCUGCUUUCCAUGGCAGAGGGCGGCGAGCUCAGGGUGGACCCAGAGCGCAGGGGGCGUCUGCAGCUGUGUGGAGGGCUGGACUCCCUGCGGGUCAAUGUGACCAUGUCCCACUUACAGCACAGCGACACAGGACUGUACAUGUGGGAGCUGAGCUUCAGAGGGGAGGACAGGCCGGACCUCAUGCUCGGUGCUAAACAGCUUUUCUUGCUGGUUGAAGGGGGAGGGCGGCCGUGCCAGUGCUCUCUCAGUUACCCCCCUCUGCUCCUCACCAUCUUUGCAGCAGCAGGACUCGUCGGGCUCACACUCAGUUGGCUGGCCAAAGACAGAUGUCUCAGAGCGAGACAUCAUCAGAGACCACGACCUCCUGUUCCAAUCUAUGAGGAAAUGACCAGGAAGCAGGAGAGCGCCGCAGUGCCCCAAAAUAACCAGGAGGCUGCGUCACACCCGGAGGAAGACAACUUCCACAUGUACGCAAACCCCAACAUCCGGCAACCACAGGAAAACUACUACGCCUGCCCGAGACAGCUCGCCCUCAGAGCCUGACAUCAUGGCUUUGAACUUAUUAAAAUACAUACAGGAAGUGA